AUCUAAACUCUUAACUUUUUUAUAUUAAGAAAAAUGAUUAAUACAUACUCCAAAAAAAAAAAAGGAAAAACAAAGAAAGGAAAAGAAAAGAGAAAUAAAGGAAGUUGAGAAUCAUUUCCAAUGAUCCAUUCAUACAUAUCUUUAUCUUUUGAAUAAUAUACUUAUUUAUAUUAAUUAAUAAACUUGUUACCCACUUCUCUCGUCUCUAUUUAGCUUGACGAGUACAGAACCCUAAUCAAUCUGCUGAUUUGAUCGAUCGGAAAAUGGAUGAAGAAUACGAUGUGAUUGUUCUAGGCACAGGUUUGAAGGAAUGUAUUCUUAGCGGUCUUCUAUCUGUUGAUGGCCUUAAGGUUCUGCACAUGGACAGAAAUGACUACUAUGGAGGAGAAUCAACUUCCCUCAAUCUUGUCCAGCUUUGGAAGAGGUUUAAAGGAGGCGAUAAACCUCCAGCUGAACUGGGUUCUAGUAGAGAUUACAAUGUUGACAUGAUUCCUAAGUUUAUUAUGGCAAAUGGUGCUCUUGUGCGAGUGCUAAUUCAUACUGAUGUCACCAAAUAUUUAUACUUUAAAGCGGUUGAUGGCAGCUUUGUGUAUAACAAAGGAAAGGUGCACAAGGUGCCAGCUACUGACAUGGAAGCACUUAAAUCUCCUCUGAUGGGCAUUUUUGAGAAGCGGCGUGCUAGAAAGUUCUUUAUUUAUGUUCAAGACUAUAAAGAAAGUGAUCCUAAAACACAUGAAGGGAUGGAUCUAACAAGAGUUACCACAAGAGAGCUUAUUGCAAAAUAUGGUCUUGAUGACAACACCGUGGACUUCAUUGGUCAUGCAUUGGCACUGCAUAGAGAUGACCGCUACCUAGAUGAACCAGCACUGGAUACUGUCAAGAGAAUGAAGCUAUAUGCUGAGUCUCUUGCUCGUUUCCAAGGUGGAUCACCGUAUAUUUAUCCUUUGUAUGGAUUAGGAGAGCUCCCCCAGGCAUUUGCUCGAUUGAGUGCCGUCUAUGGUGGAACCUACAUGUUGAAUAAACCUGAAUGCAAGGUAGAGUUUAACGAAGAAGGAAAGGUCUGUGGUGUUACUUCAGAAGGGGAAACCGCAAAGUGCAAGAAAGUUGUAUGUGAUCCUUCUUACUUGCCCAACAAGGUGAGGAAGGUCGGCAAAGUUGCAAGAGCUAUCGCAAUUAUGAGCCACCCAAUUCCAAAUACCAACGACUCUCACUCUGUGCAGAUUAUUCUACCUCAGAAGCAGCUGGGUCGCAAAUCAGAUAUGUACCUGUUCUGCUGUUCUUACACUCAUAAUGUUGCUCCAAAGGGGAAAUUCAUUGCAUUUGUCUCAACAGAGGCAGAAACUGAUAACCCAGAGAGUGAACUGAAGCCAGGCGUCAGUCUUCUAGGGCAAGUGGAUGAGAUCGUCUAUGAAACUUAUGACAGAUCUGAACCUGUCAAUGAGUGCUCCUUGGACAACUGUUUUAUUUCAACUAGCUAUGAUGGCACGACUCACUUUGAGUCGACUGUAGACGAUGUGCUCAAUUUAUACACCAAAAUAACUGGAAAGCUGGAGCUUUUGUGGAGCUUUUGUACUGAAACUAUCCUCCUGAAAAAGUUCUUCAAAUUCUAUAUGUACUCCUAUUGCAUCAAAAGGUACUUUUCCUAGGCUUCACUGUUCCCUCCGCUACUCUCUUCUUGCCUCCAGGUGCCAUGGGGGUUGUGGGUAAUGAAGGCCAGAGAAAAAAAAAGACUUGUAGCCUAUUCUACUUUUCUGUCACUAGAUUUCAUUUAAAAGGUGGCUUCUAAUUACUGUUUUGAGCUUUGAAGGACCUAACUGAGUUGACUCAAUUGCAUAUCUUUUCAGGUUCUUGACCUCAAUGUGGACCUAAGUGCUGCGAGUGCCGCUGAA